AUGCCGAGCUUAGGAGGACUUCUGAAGAAGAGGCGAACGAAGGAUUCGCAAGAUCUCGGGGAGGAUUCCGCAUCCAUGCAAACACAAUCGCACGCUUCACCCUCGCACACGGGGACGCCGAACAAUGCCGCUAGCAUCGACAACAUCAUAAACCAGGAGGGCCAUGCGCAGCCCUCCCAGGCCCCCGAACCCCAGAAGCAGGAGCGCGUCACAAAGGGCAAGUACUCGCAGGAGGACUUCCAGCUCCAGCGCACGCUGGGCACGGGGAGCUUCGGUCGUGUCCACCUGGUGCAGUCGAAACACAAUCAUCGCUUCUAUGCGAUGAAGGUCUUGAAGAAGGCCCAGGUUGUCAAGAUGAAGCAGAUUGAACACACCAACGACGAACGCCGCAUGCUGAAUCGCGUUCGCCAUCCAUUCCUGGUCACCUUGUGGGGAACUUGGCAGGAUUCCCGAAACCUCUACAUGGUCAUGGACUUUGUCGAGGGUGGUGAGUUGUUCAGUCUCCUGCGCAAAUCACAACGAUUCCCCAACCCGGUGGCCAAGUUCUAUGCCGCUGAGGUCACUCUGGCGUUAGAAUAUUUGCACUCCCACCAGAUCAUUUAUCGUGAUCUCAAGCCUGAAAAUUUGUUGUUAGAUCGCCAUGGUCAUCUUAAGAUUACCGAUUUUGGUUUCGCUAAAGACGUCCCUGAUAUUACAUGGACCCUCUGCGGUACUCCAGACUAUCUGGCCCCGGAGGUUGUCUCCUCUAAAGGAUACAAUAAAUCAGUUGAUUGGUGGUCAUUGGGCAUCUUAAUCUUCGAGAUGCUGUGUGGAUUCACCCCCUUUUGGGAUAGCGGUUCGCCUGUCAAGAUCUAUGAGAAUAUCCUGCGGGGCAAGGUCAAGUAUCCUCCAUACUUGCACGCCGACGCAGUAGAUUUGCUUUCUCAGUUGAUCACGUCCGAUCUUACCAAGCGCCUUGGUAACCUGCACGGCGGCCCGGGUGAUGUCAAGAACCAUCCCUGGUUUGCCGAGGUCACUUGGGACCGAUUGGCUCGCAAAGAUAUCGAUGCACCAUACAUCCCGCCAAUUCGAGGCGGGCAAGGUGACGCGAGCCAAUACGACAAGUACCCGGAGGAGACGGAGCACUAUGGCCAGGAAGGGGAGGAUGCAUAUGGCCACCUCUUCCCCGACUUCUAG